AUGGCGUCGCUUGCUCUGCAGCUGGUGCUGUUCACGCUUGUCCUGCCGCCUCACCUCCUCGUCUCCGUCACCUGCGCCAAGUCGUGCUUCUGGCCGAGCUCGGCGCACGACGACGGCGGCUGCCUGAGCUGGCGCGUCAUGGUGGAGGCCAACAACGCGAGGGGCUGGCGCACGGUGCCCGCGCCGUGCGUCGGGUACGUCAGGAGCUACAUGACGCGCGGCCAGUACGGCAGGGACCUGGACAGCGUCAUGGAGCAGGUGUCCGCGUAUGUCGACCAGAUCGCCGCUGCCGACGACGGCCUGGACGCCUGGAUCUUUGACAUCGACGACACCUGCCUCUCCAACCUGCUCUACUACCAAGCCAAGCGCUUCGGGGCAUAUGAUCCAUUGGCUUUCAAGAACUGGGCUAGCCAGAGGGCUUGCCCGGGGAUACCUGCGGUUCUUCAGUUGUUCAUGACACUGCAAGACAAGGGAUUCAAGCUCUUCCUUCUCUCCGGGAGGGACGAGGAGACCCUGGGCUCGUGCACGUCCGAGAAUUUGGAGUCAGAGGGCUUCUCAGGAUACGAGCGGCUCCUGAUGAGAACUCCUGAUUACCGGGGGCAGAGCUCGUCGGUGUUCAAGUCGGCGAUGAGGAAGCAGCUGGUGGACGAGGGCUACAGGAUCCGCGGCAACGUCGGGGACCAGUGGAGCGACCUGCAGGGCGACAACGUCGGUGACCGUGUGUUCAAGAUACCAAACCCGAUGUACUUCGUGCCGUGA